CGUCAACUUUACCAACCAAUUAUUUACCUCUCUUGUAAAAUUAUUUGAAUUAAAAUCUUAGUUUAUACAUAGAAAAUAUAGUGAAGCUAAAUUAUAACAAUGGCUUCGUCUAUGUUUGUGUUGAAUAACAGCUUUUCUAAGGUCUCAAGUGUGGGUUUACCUCCUCAAGUUUCUAGUCUGUGCCCUAACAAAGUUUCACGAGUUUGCUUCCCUUCCGUCUCUCGAUUUAACACGAACCAAUUUCCUAGAGCAUGUGCUGGGGGAGACGAAGAGAUCAAGAAGUACACAGAAAUAAAGCAACAAGCCAAAGAAACCAUCGACAACGUGAUAGAGGGCACCAAGCAAAAUGCCGAAGAAGCCAAGGAUUGGGCAAGUAAAGGAGUGGCCGACGUUAAGGAAAAGACCGAGGGUGCGGCAGAAUGGGCAUCCGACAAGGCGAAAGAAGGGGCCGAUAGCAUCGGAGACACCUUGAAAGAAGCUAAAGCAAAGAACGACGAAUCGGCGGAAUGGAUAGCCGAUAAGGCCAAGGAAGGGUUUGAGCAAGUCGGAGACAACCUCAAAGAUGCGGAAGCAAAGACCAAGGAAGCUUUGCAAGAUGCAUUAGACAAAAAUUAAACUAUACUACGUUACAUGUAAUACUUCUAGCUAGGGAAGAUCUUAAUUGUUCUAAAGCAACAAUAAGAAGACUCUUUUGACAAGAAGGAAUUCGAUUUCAAUGUAGGAUGUUAAUCCAAAAAUUUUCACUACUCAAUUAUGUAUGAUAGAAUAUUGUCAAAGAUUUGGACUCUUUAAACACUUUUGCACCACACUA